AUGCUCAGUCCUCGAACUGCCACCUUCAUUCGCGUACACCAAUUGUGCACAAUGAACGUCAAUUCUUCUUCAGCACGCUAUGAGCUCAAUUCCACAAUGGACAUAGUUUCGAAUGAACGUGAUGGCAACACAGUUGUAUCUCUCACCUCAAUAUUGCAGAAUCUCCACCUUCAACUUGACCGAGCCUUGAACCAAAACUCUCAGAGACAGGAUACUCCCCAGGAACCCGAAGUGGUGGCCGCAGCAGAAGUUCCGGGAAAUAGGGUAGCUGAUAUCACUGUUGAGGACAAUCAAAGCUCUACCUCGUCUAUGUCCUUCAUCAGUACUCUAUCCUCAGAAAACCAAACUUUAUGUCCCAUUUGUAGUGGAUCUACUCCCGCUGUGCGUUCCUCUCACCGACCCGCCUUAUGGUAUAGUGUCACAGCUGGACUUGGAGUCGGCAUCUUCCCAUCGCUACAGCUUGCCCAACCUUUUGUACAUAAGGUCAAGGGUAAUUUUAUGCGGGGGUUUACCACACGUGAGCAAGCAGAGGCGGACUUCUGUCUGGCCAGGGACCUCGGGUUAUUGCAGAUCAUUCAAUAG